AUGGACGACGUAACAGGACUGACUCUCACGCAUUGUGGACACUUGUUUUGUGCGCAAUGCCUUUACUCCUCACUUAGCAUCGAAUCAACGAGGGGCAAAUGUCCCAUGUGCAGAGCGAAGAUUGACAUGAAGCCCCGCGAAAACUAUUCAGUCAAGACGAAGGGAUACUGGCCGCUGGAGCUGAAACUGAUGACGAGAACCCGUCAAGGCAAGCGCAAAGCGCAAGCCAUGGAAUAA